AUGCUAAUCGGGACAGACUCCAUCACUAACCUUCACAAGUUGGAGCAGGUGUCUAGUGACGAGGGCAUUGGGACGCUGGCAGAGAACCUUCUGGAGGCGCUGAGGGAGCACGCCGAGGUCAACCUGAAGAUAGACGCUGCUCGCAGGGAGACACGGGCUGAGAAGAAACGCAUGGCCAUGGCUAUGAGACAGAAAGCUCUGGGGACACUUGGCAUGACGGUAGGUUACUGACUGGGUCUGGUAGGUAGGUGGUAGGCUCUGGGCAUGAUGGUAGGUUACUGACUGGGUCUGGUAGGUAGGUGGUAGGCUCUGGGCAUGACGGUAGGUUACUGACUGGGUCUGGUAGGUUGGUGGCGGUAGGCUCUGGGGACACUGGGCAUGAUGGUAGGUUACUGACUGGGUCUGGUAGGUAAGUGGUAGGCUCUGGGCAUGAUGGUAGGUUACUGACUGGGUCUGGUAGGUUGGUGGCGGUAGGCUCUGGGCAUGAUGGUAGGUUACUGACUGGGUCUGGUAGGUUGGUGGCGGUAGGCUCUGGGGACACGGGCAUGAUGGUAGGUUACUGACUCGGUCUGGUAGGUAAGUGGUAGGCUCUGGGCAUGAUGGUAGGUUACUGACUGGGUCUGGUAGGUUGGUGGCGGUAGGCUCUGGGGACACUGGGCAUGAUGGUAGGUUACUGACUCGGUCUGGUAGGUAAGUGGUAGGCUCUGGGCAUGAUGGUAGGUUACUGACUAGGUCUGGUAGGUAGGUGGUAGGCUCUGGGCAUGAUGGUAGGUUACUGACUGGGUCUGGUAGGUAGGUGGUAGGCUCUGGGCACGAUGGUAGGUUACUGACUGGGAGCAUAAGGUUUGCCGCACCAUAGGUGGAGGGGUUGGAAAACAAUGUUCAGGUGUGGGUUUCUGGUCAUGACUAUAGGUGAUGAGGAGUGAGGUGAUGUACGCAGUCCGAAGCAUUCAAUAGAUAAAAAGCCCAGCAUGCAGUCUGAGUAUGCUGCUUUCUCUGAGCCCAGCCGGACACAUUAGAGAUCCUGAGAUUUGUGGGAAAAAUCUUCCUUGGAGAGUCUUGAAAAGAUUCCAAUAGGAUUCUAUGGAAAUGUUCCUUUCUUCCCAACAAGGCCCUGAUAUAAUUAAGAAACAGGAAGCUAAUCCAGGUUGGUGACUGGCUGUUCUGUGUUUCAGACCAAUGAGAAGGGCCAGGUGGUGACCAAGACGUCGUUGUUGAAGCAGAUGGAGGAGCUGAUAGAGGAGCCAGGACUGACCUGCUGCAUCUGUAGAGAGGGAUACAAGUUCCAGGUAAUAUACACUAAGCGUACAAAACAUUAAGAACACCUGUUCUUUCCAUAACAUGGACUGACCAGGUGGAUCCAGGUGAAAGCUAUGAUCCCUUAUAUUUGUCACUUGUUAAAUCCACUUCAAUUAGUGUAGAUGAAGGGGAGGAGACAGGUUAAAGAAUGAUUUUUAAGCCUUGAGACAAUUGAGACAUGGAUUGUGUAUGUGUCCAUUCAGAGGGUGAAUGGGCAAGACACAAGAUUUAAGUGCCUUUGAACGGGGUAUGGUAGUAGAUGCCAUGCACACCGGUUUGUGUCAAGAACUGCAACGCUGCUGGGUUUUUCAUGCUCAAAAGUUUCUCGUUUGUAUCAAGAAUGGUCCACCACCCAAAGGACAUCCACCAAACUUGAAACAGCUGUGGGAAGCAUUGGAGUCAACAUGGGCCAGCAUCCCUGUGGAACACUUUCAACACCUUGUAGAGUCCAUGCCCCGAAGAAUUGAGGCUGUUCUGAGGGCACAAGGGGGUGCAACUCAAUAUUAGGAAGGUGUUCCUAAUGUUUGGUAUACUCAGUGUACAUGUACUAACCUGCAACCUACCUGCAAUGGUGCCGCUGAUUGGCCGAAUACCCGGGGCGUGAGGUGGUUGGAGUUGUCGACAAAGCAACAUGACAGAAAUACGAUGCCACGUUUUCGAACUACCGGUUGUUUCUUCGAAAAUAUAUAUAUAUAUAGCGAUCUGUGCAUUUGAACAACCGCAUAAAUACACCUAUUUCACUUUUGCAUGUCAAAAACAGAAUGACCACUGGUGCACAUGCUGCCACUGUUUGGAACAGAUUAUACUAUUUAGAACGAGUAGCUAGCUCACGUCGUGAAUGAACGAGUGCACCAGGGAGAACGCAACAAGCAUGUAGAUGCAAUAAGUGAAAACACUAUGAUCUAACUGGGGAUAGCUAGCUAACAUUAAUGUCACAAAGCAUGAGGCGCUAGCCAGGUAACUUUCUUUUUAAAAAUAACUUCAUAUUUCUGAGUUAGUCAGAUAUUAAUUUUUAGAAAGACUUGAAAUUGGCAUGGGAGCUAACUAGCUAGCAAGCUACCAGCUAGCUAUAGCUAGCUAGCUGCUUAUCAAUGGUAGAUAACUGGUUAAUUAACUAUUUCUGUAGCUGGCUAAUUAAUUGGAUCAUGCUUUGUGAUGCCCUGUUGCCUAGCUACAGUAGAACCUGAUGAACAACAUGAAGGAAACAGUAAAAUUGGCCAUGCUUUUUUUUGUCCUAACAGAUCCAUGAUGAGAGGAUCUAGCUAGUGUAUCCCUCUGUCCUUCCGACUCUUGUUGAAAGUAGUUGUCCAGUUGAUCAGGUCCCAGGCUCCCAUGACUGUUACGAUUAUUUAUUUACAAGUUAAUUACAAUUUGCUUUAGCGCCAUCUGUACCUGAGAGCAAAUCUAGUCUCACGUACGGAGGUAAGCCGUCUGGCGCGAGAGACUCAUUUGGAUGGAGACUACAGCGGACCCAGAAGUUCUGACUGAACGGACGCACAUUUGAGCGCCCCCAGGACGGUCCAUUUACUUUGUACUGUUAUAAUCUAUGCUCUGAAAUCCUGCGAUUUCAUUGGUGGCAGUUCCCCCUCAUAGCAAAUAGCUGGCAAAACAAUCCAAGCAAUGUUCUCACGGCCUAUGGAGGAGGCGGAGCUUCUGUUACUGGCAGUCACUGAGGGGCGGAGUAGUAAGUAACUGAACAGCUUGUUUUAAACAAUAUCUUUUUGAGCAUUUAAAACAUAUUUUUUAUCAUUCUCAAGUGGGACGCCGCCCCUAACGCCCUAAUGGGCAGACCGCCGCUGUCUACCUGGACCCCUGCUGCUCCCCACACUCACUUUGGGGAAACACUGUAUUAUACAACUCUACCUUCAUCUUUUACAAAUUUGAAUUGGUCAAAUGUUCCACUCUUGGCUGUGACUAAAACUGGUUUAUUUUCAUAUGAAAUGUAAAAUGUUCCUUUAUUCCAAAUGUAAGCCUUUCUUCAUGUGUCAGUUAUAUUUCAAUGUAUCUUUAUCAAAUGUUAACUCAUAUAUUUCCUUAUCUUUUGUACUGUGUCCUCCACUAGCCGACCAAGGUGCUGGGAAUCUACACCUUUACGAAGCGCGUGGCCCUGGAGGACUUUGAGAACAAGCCCCGCAAGCAGCAGGGAUACAGCACUGUGUCGCACUUUAACAUAGUCCACUACGACUGCCACCUCGCAGCUGUCAGGUUAGUACACACACACACACACACACACACACACACACACACACACACACACACACACACACAAGCAGCAGGGAUACAGCACUGUGUCGCACUUUAACAUAGUCCACUACGACUGCCACCUCGCUACUGUCAGUUUCAAACAAACUAUUAUAUUAAUCUGAUUAUCCACAAUAAUCGUAGUAUUGUGUGUGCAUGUAACCGAGCUCUCUCUUCCUCUCUCUUUUGCUUUCUCUCUCUCUCUCUCUCCGUCCUCUAUUCAGGCUUGCUCGCGGGCGUGAGGAGUGGGAAAGUGCUGCGUUGCAGAACGCCAACACCAAGUGCAAUGGACUGCUUCCUGUCUGGGGGCCUCAUGUCCCCGAAUCGGCCUUCGCCACCUGCCUGGCCAGGUACGACCAACUCACUUGGAAUUGUAGCAACAGAUACUUUAAUUGUGUUAUGUGCCAGAAGAACGUGUUGCCUUUCUGAAAACAGUAACAAAGCUUUUGGCUUGACAGUAGAAGUUGUGCUAGUCUUGCUAACACCAGACUCGAGAGUCUGGAACGUCUGCUUUGAUGUAUCGGCACAAAGCAAUGAUAAUGAAGGGGCUGUGGCCUCAGACUGCACCCUACGCUGGUUGGAUACCCCCGUUUCGAAUUUAACUAAUCAUGAUUUGUUUUACAUAGGACCACCCCAGCCCUUCCGGUUCCAGACAGCCCUUACAUUUACAUUUUAGUCAUUUAGCAGACGCUCUUAUCCAGAGCGACUUACAGUUAGUGAGUGCAUACAUUAUUUUUUAUUUUUCAUACUGGGGAAUCGAACCCACAACCCUGGCGUUGCAAACUGAGCUACAUCCCUUCUAGGAUAACCAAACACACACAGUAACUAGCUGUCACAAACCUUCGGAGUUCAGACGUCGUUUGACGUUAAUAUCAUGAAUAGGGCGUUGCGCAUGCAAAUAGCGUGGAUAUGAGAACCAAUCAAAAAGUAGCUAAAAUGUUUUGCUAACCUCCCUUAUUACAAGCCCGAGAUACCAGACCAGUCACAGCUCGCUGUUUAUUUCUAUAUGAGCAUCUUCUGUAGCUCAGCUGGUAGAGCACGGCGCUUGUAACGCUAAGGUAGUGGGUUCGAACCCCGGGACCACCCAUACACAAAAAAAAAAUGUAUGCACGCAUGACUGUAAGUCGCUUUGGAUAAAAGCGUCUGCUAAAUGGCAUUUUAUGUUUUUAUUAUUAUCUUUUCACGUUCAUCAAAUCCCCAGAACUCCCAUUUAAAGUCCUACUGUAUCUCUCUCUCUCUCUCUCCCAGGCACAACACGUAUCUGCAGGAGUGUACGGGGCAGAGAGAGCCCACCUACCAGCUCAACAUCCACGACACCAAGCUCCUGUUCCUGCGUUUCGCCACGGAGCAGUCCUUCAGUGUGGACACGGGAGGGGGAGGACGGGAGAGCAACAUCCACCUCAUCCCUUACAUCAUCCACACCGUGCUCUACGUCCUCAACACGUAUGGAGACGUUACAUUACAUCAUCUAUAUUUCUGGCUCUCUCUGAGUCUCUCUACCUCUCUCUUUCUUCCUCAACACGUCUGGAGCUAUUUGUUUAUAUACGCAAACAUAGGAGAUCACUAAAAUGAUGUUUGAGAUGGUCACACAGUUAUCAUCCAGAAGUGACUCUGUUGUGGGCGGUGGGUGGCAAGAUGUUUUAAUGUUUGUUUUUCUGAAAUGAAACUGAAAUUGUCCUCUCUCCGUCUCUCUCUCUCUCUCUCUGUCACUCCCUCAAUCACACUAUAUAUCUAUGGCUCUGUCUUUUUUGGUCGUCUGCAGUACUCGGGCUACUAGUCGUGAGGAGAAGAACCUGCAGUGUUUCCUGGAGCAGCCGUGUGAGAAGUGGGUGGAGAGCAGCUGUGACGUGGACGGUCCCCACUACUACACCGUGUUGGCCAUGCACAUCCUGUCUCCUGAACGCUGGAUGAACACACGCCUCACCUUCCUACGCAGGCUCCUCGUCACCGUGCACGCACGCAAGGUCUCCGCUGUCUUCGCCAACAAGUAAGAAACUGUUCCAGAACUUUUCUCUUUUUUUCCAUUUGAUAUGCCAUUUUAGAAGAUCUUCGGCCAUUUAUCACAGCUUUUAUCCACCUGCGGUUCACCGAGUGCAUGCGUUUUAGUAUGUGUUUGCGAUCCCUGCGAGGAUUAAACCCACGACCUUGACUCAAUAUUUUUUAUCAGUAUUGGAGUCAAAUCUAGUCAGUUGUAAGAUUCUUCUGUGAGCUUUUAUACUGUGUUGAUCAAAUAUAAUUAUCUUCGGGGUUUAGCUGCAGUGUGUCUGUGUCUGUGAAUUCUUUCUAAUCUUCUUAAUCUCUCCAGACUCACAGAUAAACAGUCCAAGGAGUAUGCAGUGUACCGCUCCCCUCUCCUCUUCUGGGGCCUGGUGGAGCUCAUCUAUGACAUGUUCAGGGUAGGAGGGAGUUAUCCUACCAACAAAACCAAUUUUUACUUGGACAUCACACAACGGUCGUGUGACAAUAAUUGUGCAGAUACUCUUAGUAACACAACCAUUGUGUCAAAUGCUUUGUACAUUUAAGAUGUACAACAUGGGUGUGAACUGUGUUUCUUCAGUGUUCAGUUCACUCAGACCUCUCUCUCCCCGGCUUUUCUCCCACUGUAGAAAGUACCCACCAGCAACACGGAGGGAGGCUGGUCCUUCUCGCUGGCAGAGUACGUGCGACACAACGACAUGCCCAUCUACGAGGCCUCGGAGCGCGUGCUCAAGGCCUACCAGGAAGAACUCAUGCCCGCUGAAUCCUUCUCCGAGUUCCUGGAUGUCGUAGGUCAGUGUUGCCAGGCAUAUGUGUAAAGUACACUUCGAUUGCUACUGCGAAGGUUACAUACUGUAGUAUCAAAUGCAUCCUUUUUGCCUCUAUUUUUUUCUACUCUUUCAGGGUUUAUUGUGUUAAUUAAAUGUGAAUAGUUAUACCCUCUAAAUGACCAAAACCUGAAACAGAAACUGUGUACAUUGUGUGUGAGAUUCAGACAGAUUCUAACUCUGUUUUAAUAUUUUGUUUCCAGGACUUCUCUCUGACAUUCCGGACCCAGACCUCUUCCUGCAAGACCUGUUGAACUCUGUGCCCUGA